CUAUGCCAACAGGUGCUGUGUCUCUCCCCUACAAAAUCCCUCCUUUCCUCCCUAUGCAACAGUUGCCCCUCAUCCCCUCUUCUCCUCCUCCUCCUCCUCCUCCUCUCUCUUUGCUUCUCCUCUGAGGACUGCCAACGUUCAACUCCAUGAAAAGGAGCCACCUUUGAAGGAGAAGCGGGGAGGAAGGAGAACAGGGGCUCUAUUUCCACAAGAAAGAUACCAUCUUUCCCAUAUUCGAAUCUGUGUCUCUAUUCCCUAGCGAUGGCUCCAAGCUUUGACUGUGCUGCCUCCAUCCUCCUCUGCGCCGAGGACAACAGUAGCGUCCUGGGUUUUGACGAUGAUGUUGAUGGGGAGGAGGAUGGGCGUGGGUUUGGUUGGGUUUCUGGGGUGAAAAGUCCCCAUUUUUACGGGGAUUUCCUCGUGGACUUUCCCGUUCUCUCGGAUGAACGCUUGGGGUCGCUGGUUGAGCGAGAAACGGAGUAUAUGCCGAGGGAGGACUAUGCCGAGAGGCUACGGUCCGGGGCUCUAGACUUGGCUAUCAGGAGAGAUGCCAUCGAUUGGAUCUUGAAGGUUCAUGCCCAUUACAGCUUCGGUCCGCUCAGUGCAUAUUUAGCAGUAAAUUACUUGGAUCGGUUCCUCUCUGGCUAUGAGCUUCCUCAAGGAAAGGCUUGGAUGACACAACUAUUAUCUGUGGCCUGCUUAUCUUUGGCUGCCAAAAUGGAGGAAACCGAAGUCCCUCUAUCUCUGGACUUACAAGUAGGCGAUGCAAAAUAUGUAUUUGAAGCAAAGACUAUACAAAGAAUGGAGCUACUGGUGCUUAGCACCCUCAAAUGGAGGAUGCAAGCAGUGACUCCCUUCUCUUACGUAGAUUUCUUCCUUCAUAAGUUCAAUGGUGGUAGUCCCCCAAGCAAGAUAUUGGUGUAUCGGUCCGUGGAACUCAUCUUAAGCAUGGCUAGAGGGACCGAUUUGUUAGUAUUCAGGCCAUCCGAAGUUGCUGCGGCCAUUGCGCUGUCAGCUUUGAGGGAAACUCAGGUUGUAGAAGUCGAGAAGGCUUUGUCAUGCUGUAUCCAUGUUGUGCAGGAAGGUGUCUUGAGGUGUUUUGAGGUGAUCCAAGACUUGAUGGCUGUGAGGUCUAGGCCACGCAAAAUUGCUAUUUCAUCAGUUUCCUCUCUACCACAAAGCCCAAUUGGGGUGUUGGAUGCAGCAUGCCUAAGCUAUAACAGUGAUGAUACAACUGCUGGAUCUCAUGCAACAUGUGGAGGUGAUUCUCCAGCUAGUAAAAGGAGGAAAUUAAGCAGCUCAUCAAUCUCAUGAAGAAGACUUUGUGUGCGCUACUUACCUGCUUUGAAGACACUGGUACUUUCCAACAAGUAGUCUGGUUUAUUAGUGGGGCAUAGUGGUCAUAAUUUUGGCAAAACCAAAAUGAUAAAAAGAUGAAUGGAAAAGGAGGAUCUAAUAAAACUGGGCAGUCCAGUCCUUUACCGACGCCUUGGAAAUGAAUCAAGCAGCCACCAGUUUUGUCAAGUCAACAAAAUUCCAGAGUCUGCAAAGAUCAAAAGGAGCAAGGGAAGAAAUUGAGAGAACUGAGGAGACCUGUGUCAUGAUCAAGAUAGGGGGCAACUAGUUGUGAGUGUCUUUGUUGUUGUUGUUGUUGUUGUUGUUCUUUUUCUCCAUUUUGUGAGAAACUAGUAGAUAAAUCCUUUGGGCGAUCAAAAAUUGCCACCCAAAUUAAAAGAAAAAAAAAGAAUAGAGUUGAAGAAAAGGAGGAAGUAGCUUUCCUUGAAAAGGUUUUAUUUGUUGACAUUUUUAAGUGAACUUUUUUUCUUAUUGUACA